AUGUUAGAAAAACUAUUCAAAGACAAAGUCGCCAUUAUCACAGGCGGCUCUCGCGGCCUUGGUGCGGCUAUUGCUCAAGACCUAGCCAGCAGAGGCGCCAACGUCCUCAUCACAUAUAACUCGGCCAAGGAUGAUGCAGAAAUCAUUGCCCACAAAAUCACGAAACUGGGACGCGAAGCAGUUAUAGUGCAAGGAAACGGUACCGAUCGCUCUGCCCCCGAGAGAAUUGUGGCCACUGCAGUACAAAAAUGGGGACAUAUUGACAUCAUCAUCAACAACGCUGGUGCGGGAGACGAUGCGCUGCUCGAGGACUUGACUCAUGAACUAUGGGAUAAGCUAUACGAUACUAAUGUCCGUUUGCCAACGUUUUUGGUCAAGGCAGCGUUGCCAUAUUUUGGCCCUGCACCACGUAUCGUCAACAUAUCAAGUGUUGCAGCCAGGGCUGGAACAAGUUACAUGUCCGCGUAUGCUUCUUCCAAGGCCGCACUAGAGGGAAUUACUCGGGUGUGGGCGCAUGAACUUGGCCAAAAGUAUAACGCAACUGUUAAUUGUGUCAAUCCAGGCCCAAUUGCUACGGACAUGUGGCUGAGGGACACUGAUGCUGCUAUUUUGGCUGAGUGGGACGAAAGGAUGAAGGAGACUCCGGCGGGUGCGCGGAUUGCCACGGUUGAUGACAUAGUUCCAAUAGUGGCCUUUUUGAGUCAUGAGAGUAGCAGAUGGAGUACGGGAAGCGUGGUCAAUGCUAAUGGCGGGCUUAUAUUUGUCUAG